AUGGCGGCGGCCUCCUCCAACUGCCAAGGCGAGGGCUUGCAGCGCUUUCAGUCUGCGGGCCGAUCGCCUGCCUCUGCGCAUCUAGAGCUCAGGGAGAGCGUCUAUGACAAUAUCACUGGCCACGUGAACGUGGCGAAAACGGUGGAUAAGCUCAGCAAAGCGGGCAUGAUUGAUCGCAUAAACGAGGGUGAUGCCAUCAACAGCAAGUCCCUGGAAUGUAGCGAUACAAUCAUGGCGUCCAACAGUGACCCCAACGUACUCAAGUUGCCGGCGCUCCAGCAGAGCCGGCGCCUCGCAGUUGAUUUGGCGUUCGGUGAUGACGUGCCGUCGUCACGUACAAUCCUCCGGCGCGUGGUGCACAACGUCUGGGGGUCUCUCAAGAUGACGCGGCUGUUUCUCUCCUUGGCGUGGACGGAUAUCAAGGCGCGUACCGGCAGCUACUGCCUCGGGUUCUUCUCUGUGCUCAUCGUUGUACUUCUGUGUGUGACGAUGCUUUCAAUCCUGGUGCACAUGCCGAUUUUGUUUCUCCGUCUUUCCGAGGAGACGCGUGGCGAGUUCGACCUCGUAAUCGGGCCCGGCAGUGUCAUGAGUAUGGCGACGGGCAUCAACUACACGAAAAUCAAAGAACUGUUUCCGGAAAGUGACCCCAAUUACGGAUACAGCGCCCCGCGCUUCUUGGACAUGUACAUGGCUCGCACCGCGCGUUCCUGCGCGGACAAGAAUGUGACGCGGAUGUGGUACAACGCGGAUGGAAGUGUGUGCGACAGCAUUGACCUAUGCAUGAGUGAGUGCAUCUCCAAUGGCACGGCCCUUGUGAACCUCAUUGGGAUUGACGCGGCGGCAGAGACGCGAAUGGGAUUUGGCAAGGACUUCGAUGGGCCUACGCUGAACGAAGGAGAGCUGAUCUUGUCGCACCGCGCAGCGGUUCUCAUGGGUGGAGUGAAUGUGGGCGACACGUUAAUCCUCUACGGAGAUGCUCGGCUCAACAUUCAGCUCCCGUUCGCCAAUCUGACGCAGAGCGAUGCGUCGACCGUCAUGAUGCCGUACAAGGUCGUAUCCAUCAUUCAGGAAUACUAUGGCAAGUUUCCGGAUGUCGAUACCUUCGUGGUCGUGUCCUUUCACACGUUCUUGCGCGAUGUAGCGAAGGGUCUGGGGCCGCACACGUCCCCCGCUGGUGUAGAGGGCGUCGCCAACACGAACCCGAGCGACUGCGCGUCUGCCGUGUACUUCAUCAUGAAUCCGGAAGCCCGACUGAAGGCGUACAGCUUCACAAACUACAACACGAUUCGCAGGAACGUGGUGGCGUGGGUUACGGGGCUACUGUCGCCUCUCGGGUUCAUGCAGGUCAGCCGCUCAACACCGCAGCUGCGCGGCUUGUACACGACACGGCUGUUCAGCGUCUUCAUUGGGCUAAUCAUGUCCGUCAUCCUAUUGGCGCUGGCGUUUCUCAGCGUUGUGCUGAUCUACACCCUUCUCACGGUCGGAAUCGAGACGAAGACGUAUGAGCUCGGUAUCCAGCGCAUGAUUGGCCUUACGAAAGAGAAUCUGGUCUUUUUGGUUCUCGCCAAUGCGUAUACCUUUACCGUGCCCGCGUGGAUCAUCGGUCUGGCGGCCGGACAAGCCACAUACACAGGGGCUCGGUUCGGUUUCGCAAAGCUCGUGGAGGUGCAGCUGCCCAUGUUGGUCACGGGGGCUUCCCUUGGGUGGGCCACGCUCGCCGGCCUCGGUAUCCCAGUUGUGGGCUCUUUCUUUCCGAUCCUCGCGCUCGUGACGCAGAAGCUUCCCGACGCGAUCAACACCUCGCGCAGCCGCAAUAGUGGCGUCAUAUACAAGAUCCAGCGCAACGACUCGACGCAGUGGAACGGGUCCAUGUUCGUCCUCGGCGUGCUCUUCUUUGCUUUCGGCUUCCUGGUCUACUAUCUGUUCCCCAACGCGUUGAUCACGAUGAACCUGAGCUUGGUCUUUUACAUCUUCUUCGGGGUUCUCAUUGGUCUGCUCGCGGGGCUCGUGCUGCUCGCGAUGAAUUUUGAGCGGGUGGCGCAGACGUGCGUCAGUUAUCUGCUGCUGUUCUGGGAGAGCAGGGCGGUUUUCUCGUUCAUGCAGAAGAGCCUCAGCGCGCACCGGCGCCGCAACCGAAAGACGUCGCUCAUGUACGCGCUUUCUCUCGCUUUUAUCAUUUUCAUUACGGUGGUUGUGCAAAUCCAGCUCGUCUCCUUCGAGUACUCGUCUCGUCAGCAGAUGGGCUGCGAAGUGUAUGUAGAAACAAAGGGACUGACAAUGGAAGAGUACUGGGCCGUGGAGGAGAUUAUCGUACACCAUAUGGGGUCCGGAAUGAUCUCUGCCUACACUUACGACUACAACAGCUCUGCUCUUUCGCUCCUGGAUGGCUCGAAGAUCUUCUCCCUUGGUCGCUUACGCAACUCUGUCACGGUCCUAAAACCACUCCCUCCUAACUACUUCGAGGUCAUGGAUAGGACUUACUUGCAGGUGGGCAAGUACCAGAGCAUCGUGGGUCGUUACGGGCUUGUGCGGGCCCUCUACAGCUCUGAAGGCCUCUACAAGGGGAUCUUCUCCUCUGCCGCGGCGAGUAUCCUUGGCAUCGGCGACGCGGACGGCGUCGCUUACGUCCUGAUAGAUAGGGUGAUAAACGCAACCUCAAACAGGGAGGUCAGGCAUCGGGUCACCCUCCGUCCUAUCGCCACACUCGACACCGCUCCAGCAAUAACUGCGUCCAAGUACACCGAAGCGAAGGGGGACGUUGUGGUGAGCAUCCCUGGACUCUUCCGGCACCUUCAUGAGUCGCGCGAAAGCGUCUUGAACGGAAACGUCGCAAAAAUUCGGCUGCGCAUUAGUGACCCGAAAUGGUACGACUUCAUAGCUGACCUGCUCACCGGGAGCAUUGCCGCGAUGGGGCACCCAGUAACUGUGAAGAACAUUAGGGAUGAGACGAGCACCAUAGCCGAGGCCGGCCAAGUGCUGAACCUCUUCUUCAUUGCGGCUGAGAUUAUGAUUCUGGUCAUUUGCUUCUUCUCUCUGAUGAGCAGCAUGACGACAAACGUGCUCGACUCCUCCAAGGAGAUUGGCGUACUGCUCUGCUUGGGGAUGACCCAUUUCCAGGUAUACCGCGUGUACGUCUGGGAGGCCUUUGUCUUGGUCGUUUCGUCUGGGAUCAUGGGCCUCAUCGUCGGCCUUGUUGUUGCCUACACGAUGCAGCUGCAGAACAUCCUGUUCACACAGCUGCCUCUGCCAUUCCCGUUUCCGUACAUCCAGCUGUCCGUUCUGGUGGGCAUUGGCCUCCUUUCAGCGCUGGCGUCCAGCAUCAGCCCGGUGGCGUACCUGUUGGGUCUUCCUUCCGUCACGCACAUCCUGCGUCGCACCAUUCACUGA